UUUUUGAAAUUUUCAGCGAUGUGGCCCGAGAGAUGUUUAAAAGCGAAAUGUGAAAUGGUUUAUUUGAGGCAAUGUCCAGAAGACUCAAUUCUGGUGACACCCUUACCUCCACCUGGUGAGUGCUGUGCACCACCGGCACAGUGUCAUUGCGAUAUUCAGAAAUGUGACCCAUUUGUCCCAAUAUGUGAAAAGGGGUUGGAAAGGGUACUUGUCAAAGAGGGUACCAGUGAACCAGGUCAUUGUUGUGAUCAAUUCGAAUGCCGCAGACCAGAGUUACGGUGCGAAAAUGUCCGCUGCGAUGACAGCGGUGAAUUCUUCGAAGAGUGCCCACCGGACAGCGUUCAAGGGGCGAGUUAUGUACCUGACGGAAGAUGUUGUCCCAUACAUCCUGGUUGUAAGUGUCGUGCUUCCAUUUGUUUACCAGCUCAGUGUCCUGAAGGGCAACGAGUGAAGAUCUUGCAAAAAGGUUAA